AGCAAAUUGAUAAGCCCCGUGUUCUCAAGCAACACAGCCAUGCAGUGCAGUGCGAGCUCGUCUUGCAUCAGCACUGUCGCCGAUCUAGACUUCACGACAAUCUCUGCCCACCGCUCAUCCCCCCGCCUUGUUUGUUUACCCCGCAACCAGGUGGUGGAUCACUCGCUGCCAAGCACACCUAAACGAUGCCGCCAGCGCCCAGGUCCAGCGACCGCCCUGCCCCACGCCCUCGAUCAAGGGCCGGCUGCCUGGUCUGCCGGUCUCGGCGCGUAAAGUGCGAUGAGGUGCCGUUACCCAGACAAGAAGACGUUCAGCGAUGACAAGAUCGCCGCGUCGCUCGCCAGCCGACACGAGUACCGCCUCAAGUUGAAGCGGGAACCCGACACGAUCAGCGAGGAGGCCGACGACGCGAAGCCAGAUAUCAAAUCGAAGCGGGAAGCUCGCCCGCCCCCGCUGACGGUCCACAACCACGACCACAAGACGAGCGAGAGCAGCCUGUCGCCCCUGACCCCGGCGUCGCGGCACUCGGUGGACCAUGCCCAGCAUUCGGACUGCCCAGGCUGUCCUUCGCCCGUGUCGCGCGAGCGGGGGUGGUUCAAGUUUGAAGCGCCGGCUGCCCUCUUCCGACAGACUCGCAUGGGCAAGUUUUACAACGGCCCAACUGAUCCUCCGUCGGUCUUCAUGCAGUGGUUUCCUAGCGAAGUGGAGAGACGAUGUUUCCACCACUGCCUCAUGUACACCCUCUCCAUCAUGGUCACGAGCGAGAAGAACAAUCCUUGGGUAGAACACGUUGCGCGGCUGUGUUUCCUCCCACAAGAGACGCCAAGCACGAGGGCCCUAAAGUCGGCGUUGCUCUCAUUCGGAGCCACACAUUUGUACAGCAUCCAGCUCAAGAACACGGAACAAGUCGACGAUGCCGAUUAUCAUGGCAUUGCGCACCGGCAUCGUGCACUGAGUGCAUGCGGGCUCAGGGACGUUAUCAAGGGCGGGGGUCCCGAGGUGGAGAGCGACACGUUCCUCGCCGCGGCCUUGACGCUGCUCAUGUGCGACGUGUUUGCCGCUAGCACGCACUGGCGCGAAAUCUGGCGAUACGUCGUCAUGUCUGUCCGCCACCGAGGUGGGCCCAAGGAGAUGCUGUUUGGGAGCGGCUACGCGCCAACUCCGCUGCGCAGGCUCCUCAUUGGCCACGUCGCGUUCUGGGACUUUGUCGUGUCGCUCAACACGAUGACGGCGCCUGCGCUCCUCACUGGCGACUUGGCAUGGUGGGGUGAACUGCGCGCUAUCGGACCAAUUGCAGCCUCGUCCGACCUCGAGUGGCACUGGCUCGAGAACUUUACAGCCAUGCACCCUGCACUGCUCGCGAUAUCCACCAACAUCGUGCGCUGUGCCGCCGAGCGUGCAGAGUAUGAGCGUGUAUCCGGCCCUGUGCAGCUCCACGAGAUGCAGAUCCCGACCAACACGGCUACUGGGCCUCGAGAACUCGAGCUCUCGCAACGCGCAGCCAAUGCCAAGGCCGAGCUCCAUCGAUGGAGGUACGAGAACUCGACGCAGCUAUCCUCGGCGCGCGUACAGAUUGGCUCGCUUGCGCUAUGGCACGCGAGCCGUAUCAUCCUCCUCACGCAGGUGUACUCGUACAACAAGAUGAACCCGGACGUCCAGGCGAGCGCGCGGGCCGUCAUCGAGCUGUGCUUGGAGGCUGGGGAUAAGCCCGAGUUCAUGCAGAUUCCGCUCAUGGUCGCGUGCUCGGUUCUCGAGGACCCGGACGCUCGCGACUCGGCCCGUGCUAUCUUCAUUACCAUGGAGUAUGUGGCCGUGUUCGAGGUGCAGUCGCUCCAGUUUGUCUCGGAGGAGUGCUGGAAGCGGAUGGGGGAAGGUAUGGAUGAUGAAGGGUGCCGGUGGCCCAACGUCAUGACCGAGGCUGGGCGGGCGACCUUGAUAUGUUAGACUGUUGUUGAACAUUUCCUCCUAUGUAUUAGUUGUAUUGCAGG